AUAAUCGAAAGAAUUUGUUUUUCCCGCAGCUGUAGAUUCGUAGCAUUUUGUUUUUUAACCAAUUGAAAAAUAAGCUCGCCAACGCGUUUUUAUACAGUUUUUAUAUCAAUGUUUCGAUGGAUGCAUUUCUAAAAGUCUGUGCUGUAAAUAAUGGGCUCUUGUCUGUGUAAAGAUAACAAUGAAAGUGAAGAGGAAAACGACGUCGGUGUUGAACCCUCACAUCGGCACGCAAGAGGAUCUCUCAGAAACUCGCACCGCAGCCCGGAAGUGCUGCAAACAAAUGCCACAUUGAAAACACUUUCUGAUACAGUUGACAAAUUAGUUCGCGAAACUUUGGAUGUGAUUAGUACAAUAAUUGAUAAUGAGCCGGAACCGCCCAGCUCGAUAUUAAUGCUUCACAUGAUAACAGAGAAACCAGCCGGUUGGAUCGAACUUGUACGAUCAUUGAUGCGUGUAGUGCCCGUUGAACAUCCUAUGGGUCCGAGCGUUAUAGCUCUACUACUCGAUGAUAGUCCACUGCCCACGAAAGAGUCUGUAUUAAAAGUCGGUGAAAUGGUUGCUCCAAAAUAUGGCCUAAAGAAUAACUUACGCAAGGAACGUAAUUUAUGUGUCAUACUUGGCUGCUUAGCAGAAAAAUUAGCCGGGCCCAGCAGUAUUGCAUUACUUAACAAUUCCAUGUUAAAGUACCUGAUUAGUAAUUUAAAUGAAGACAUCGAACCUAACAUAAAACUUCUUUCAUUGAUUGCACUUGAGAAGUUUGCACAGACUAGUGAAAAUAAAGUGACAAUCCAGAAAUCGUUGCACGAAAUUGAACAAAAUCCACUUUUGUCGUUGGAAGAACAUGUACUAUCUACAAAUUUCCUAUUACGCCAAAUAGGAUUUUGCGCCUGUUGGUGUUUAGACAACUAUUUUCCAGUAAGUGGGCGAAAGUAUUCAUAUGAGACUACUGACGUCUCGAAAGUUAACGCUAUGCUUAAUACAAAAGAUGUUAGCGAGUAUUUAAAAAUAUCACCAGAUGGAUUAGAAGCGCGAUGUGACGCCUACACAUUUGAAAGUGUACGUUGCACAUUCCAGGUAACUAAUAACUGUUGGUACUAUGAAGUCCUACUGAUUACACCUGGUGUAAUGCAAAUUGGUUGGGCUACUAAAGAGUCCAGUUUUCUGAGCGACGAUGGGUACGGAAUAGGUGAUGAUAAAUACUCUAUUGGAUUCGACGGUUGUCGGCGUUUAAUAUGGCACAAUGCCAAGUCUAUACCGCACAGCUUGCCAACAUGGAAGAGUGGCUCUGUUCUUGGUUGUCUAUUGGAUUUAGAAAAACAGGAAGUGAUUUUUUCUCUAGAUGGAGAAUCGACUGAUCCCUAUAGACAUAUAUUCAAUAGUGUUAAGGAAGGAUUUUUCGCUGCGGCCAGUUUUAUGUCGUUUCAGCAAUGUAGAUUUAAUUUUGGAUUGGAACGAUUUUGUUAUCCACCACAAAGAGCAUUUCACAAUUUUAAUGAAAGUGGAAUACUUAGUUCAAGUGACAAGACUAUUUUGCCGCGCCAUAUUUAUCUGGAUAUGCUACGAAAAGUUAGCGUGCGUGAUGACUCCUGUACACUUUGUUUCGAUAAAAAGGCUACGAUGAGAUUAGAGCCAUGUGCGCAUAGGGGAUUUUGCAUUACUUGCGCUGAACAACUACAAUUUUGUCCAAUGUGUCGCUCCGAUAUUCGUACAAAAGUACAAGAAUGCGCUGAUAGCCCUGUUAAUGUUGAAGUCACUGAUGUGGUAGGCACCCAGUCACCAACAUGACAGAUAUUUAAUCUCAAAUCAUAGUGAUGUAAAAGAAAACGUACUUGUAGAUCUUUAUACAUAAUGCCUAUUACUCGUCAGACUUUUUUUAAAAUAAGUUUUAAGUAAUCGAAUUUUAUCGCUAAGAUAAUAAAAUAUUUAGUCUCUUACGUUUUAAGCGUAAAAUAGAUGUAGUCGCAAUA